AUGCCCAUCGCAAGCGACCCUAGCAGCGACACCGAGUCGCCCGACGACGAACAAGCUGUCCCCAUGCUCGCCUGCCAUCGCCUCUCACCUCGUCCUUGCGUAAACCAGGCUCUCGUGGAAGAGCUGAAACCGCUGCGGGAGUUCCGCUUCCUGCGGUACGGCACCCAUGCGAAAGAGUCUAUCUCCUACGCUACCGCCGUGUCCUGCAUCAUCGGCACACCCUUCAAGAUCGAAACGGUUGAGCAGGCGGCCAAGAUACCCAAGGUCGGCGAGAAACUCACGCUCAAGAUACAGGAGUUCCUCGAGUACGGGUUCAUCAAGGAGUCGCGAUACGCCAAAGCGAACGAGCUGUACGAGCGAGGCGUCCGAACGCUCGAAGACCUCCGGCGUGCGAUGAACCGCAAGCGCAUCGAUUCGUACCUCAAGUACUACGACGACUUGCAGGAGAAGAUCCCGCGCAGCGAAGUUGAGAGUAUCCUUGCGUUCGUCGAGUUGCAGCUCAACAGGAUCAAGCCGGGCUUCAAGACGCUUCUUUGUGGAGGGUACCGCCGCGGCAAGGAGUUCUCGAACGAUGUCGACAUCUUGAUCACGUAUCCUCACCGAGACGGCGAGGAGCGUGGAGUGCUUCAGGCUCUCGUCGAGCGCAUGCAGCAGAAGAACCUCAUCCCCGAAGACGGCAUCCUAACCCUCACAACCUGCGGCACAGACCGCAUAAUUACCCCGAACCGCUCCGCAACGCUCCUCGACGCACUCGACAAAGCCCUGAUCAUCUUCCGUCACCCCGCGAACGGGACGACACGGGUGAGGGACAAGUACAGGAGGGUGGAUUUGGUGGUUACGACUUGGAGGGAGUGGGGGAGCGCGGUGGUGGGCUGGACGGGGAGUACGCAGUUUGAGAGGGACUUGAGGAGGCAUGCGAAGAGGAUCGACCUCAAAUUUGAUUCGGGCGGAAUUCGUGAUCGCACGACGGACGAGCCUGUCGAAGCGGUCACGGAGAAGGACGUCUUCCGCGUUCUCGGGCUCGACUACAUCCCCCCGGAGAUGCGCAAUGCGGACCCGUAA